AUGGCCAACGUCAACCAGUCGCAGGCCUUCUAUGCGCUCACUCUCGAACAGCCGUCCGCACCUGCAGCCGCCGUUCUGUGCAAUGCCAUUCCUGGGCUCAAGGCCGGCGACCAGCAAAUCUUCGAAGCUCGAGGCCAACAUGUGAUGCUGCACCGCAUUGUGCAGGGCGUCGACGGAGGAGAUCGCAAACUGGUGACAGUCUGCGAUCAAGAUGUCUUCGGCAUCGUGCGCGGAGUCGCGGCAUUUCGCAUUCCAGGAACAUCAACAGAUCAGCUUGUGAUCGCUUCAGACUCUGGCCGAGUGACGAUGCUCACCUACGAACACGACAAGCAAAAGUUCAAGCGCGAGCACCUCGAGACAUAUGGCAAAUCAGGCGUGCGCCGUACCAUUCCUGGGCAAUAUUUGGCAAGCGAUACUCGUGGACGAUGCAUCAUGCUUGCAAGUGUCGAGAAGAACAAGGUCGUCUACAUGCUCAAUCGUGCCGCCGAUGGCAACAUUCUCAUAUCGAGCCCGCACGAGGCCAAUCAGUGGGGAAGCUUGUGCUUCGCUAUUUGUGCUCUAGACACUGGCUGGGAGCCACCAAUUUUUGCAGCGUUGGAAGUCGAGUACACCGAGGCGGAAAGCGAUCCAAGUGGUGAAGCAUACGAGCGAAGGGAGAAGCAGCUGGUCUACUACACAGUCGACAUGGGCUUGAACCAUGUUGUGAAGACUUGGAGCGAGCCGGUCGAUUACAGCGCCAAUAUGCUUAUCGGUGUUCCAGGAGGACAGAAUGGCCCUUCAGGUGUACUGGUGUGCUGUGAAGACCGCAUCUACUACAAGCACGACAAGGCUGCAUCUCUAGCUAUUCCCAUUCCCAGGCGCAAAGGUGCAACCGAAGACCCAAAUCGGAAACGAUACAUUGUGGCAAGCUGUCUCCAUCUUGCGGCAUCGAGAAAAGAAUUUUUCUUCCUCCUUCAAACCGAGGACGGCGACGUCUUCAAGCUCAACAUCACCAUGGCCGUGGAUGCGCAGGGCCGACAAACUGCAGAUCCUGAGCAGAUCAUCUUGAAGUACUACGACACAUUUCCCAUCGCGAAACAGAUGCUCCUGCACAAGAAAGGCUUCCUGUACAUUGCCACGGAAAAUGGCAACAGUCAAUUGUACCACGUUGACGACCUAGCCGAUGAUCUCGAAUUUGAGCCACACAACAAUUUCACAUCGGACGGUGUAUCUCCCGACCCUGCUGAAGCAUAUGAGCCUACCUACUUCCAGCCUCGCGAGCUCACGAUGACGCAUUUGGCUGUGGAUGUGCCCGGUCUCCAUCCUUUGAUGCGGACGAAAGUCGACAACCUAACUGGUGAGGAUGCGCCGCAAAUCUACGGUAUCCAAGGUACCGGAAACAAGAGCUUGUUCAAAACGAUUCGGCAUGGACUGGAUGUUGAGAUUAUGAUUGACAACAAUAUGGGCAAUGUGCCUUAUGAUGGUAUUUGGACUUUCAAGCACAGAUCGAGCGACGAACAUCACAAAUACCUCAUCAUCAGCAGUAGCUACGGCGACCUGACCGUCGCUUGCUCCAUUGGUGAUUCAGUCGAGCAGAUCGAGAAUUCUCCUUUCCUUGAGAAUCGGGCCACUGUUCAUGCACAGCAGAUGGGCGAUUCUACGCUCGUGCAGGUGCACGCGAGAGGCAUUCGAUCUAUUUUGGAAACAGGAGCCUUCAACGAAUGGCCGACUCCACCACAUCGAACUGUCGCUGCGGCUUCUGCAAAUGAGAGACAAUUGCUACUGGCUUUAAGCUCUGCCGAGCUUGCUUUCUUUUUCAUGGGCGAAGAUGGUAUCCUGAUUCAGCUCGAGGAAAUGCCGGAAAUGAGUGGCAAAAUCACCGCAAUUUCUGUCGGGCAGACCCCGAAAGGUCGACAACAAGCUAAAUAUGCUGUUGUGGGCUGCGAGGAUUGCACUAUCCGUGUCCUCAGUAUUGAGUUGGACUCACCAUUAGAGGCGCGCAGUGUGCAGGCUCUAUCGGCAGUCCCGACUUCGCUCGAGGUCGUAGAGAUGCUGGAUCCUGCUUCUGGCACUACUGUCAAUGUUGUGCACAUCGGACUGAGAUCUGGACUCUACCUGCGAGCUAUCAUUGACGAGACUACUGGUGAGCUUGGUGAUGUGCGGACCAAGUUCCUAGGCACCAAGCCACCCCGAUUGUGCCCUGUAGAAGUGGAUGGAGAGGACUGCGUGCUUGCAUGCUCUAGCAGACCCUGGCUGGGAUACAAUCAUCCUCAGUCGAAACUCUACACCGUCACACCCCUCAUAGCAGAGCCGAUGGAGGCGGCCCGGUCUUUCUCCAGUCCUGAACUCAAGGGCCUCUGCGCGAUCCAAGGCUCAUCACUACUAAUCUUCUCUAUCCCAUCGAUUGAAGGCAGAUUGUCGCACAGCUCUGUGUCGCUUCAGUAUACGCCGCGAUCAAUGACCCGAAAUCCUUGGUAUCCACUCUGGUAUGUCGCGCAAAGCGAAGGAAAUACGCUUUCCCAAGCUACGCGCGAUCAAUUGCGUGGCAAGAGCAUAGGAGACGACGACGAAGCGAAGGCGAUGGAGAGACAUCUCGGACUCCCACGCGGCAAUGGUCACUGGGCGUCCUGCAUCCAAGCAGUCGAUCCGAUCGGAGGACGGGAAGUUACGUGUACGAUCGAGCUUGGAGAGAACGAAGCCGCACUUUCAUGCGCAUGCGUCGCUUUUGAGUCCAAGAAUUGGGAAGUUUACCUCGCCGUUGGUACAGGACAGCACAUGCAACCUGGCACAGGAGUACAAACGGCGGGUUAUGUGCACAUCUACAAGCUGCUUAAAGAUGGCGCUGAGCUGGAAUUUGUGCACAAGACAAAGUUCGAGCUCCCUGUAUACGCGCUCAUGCCGUUCCGCGGGCGACUUGCUCUUGGAGUUGGCAACGAGCUGUUCAUAUAUGACAUGGGUAUGAAGGCGCUGCUCCGGAAAGCACGAAAUAUUGCUGUGCCGAAUCAGAUCGUUUCGCUGGAAUCGCAGGGCAAUCGCAUAAUCUGCGGCGAUGUCAGCGAAGGCGUGACAUACUUGGUCUACAAGCCUACCUUCAACCGACUGAUCCCAUUCGUGGAUGAUACAGUUCAGCGCUGGACUACCACGACGACGAUGGUCGACUAUGAAACUGCAGCGGGAGGUGACAAGUUCGGCAACCUGUGGAUUGUGCGAUGCCCCGAGCAGCCUAGCCAAGAAGCCGAUGAAGAAGGUGCUGGCGGAUACAUUAUGAAUGAACGCAGCUACCUCAAUGGCGCGCCAUAUCGACUUGACCUCCGGGCGCACUACUUCUGCCAGGACAUUCCAAUGAGCAUGCAGCGCACUGCACUUGUGGCUGGUGGACAGGAAGUCCUCUUCUGGUCUGGUCUCCAAGGCACUCUCGGCAUUCUCAUUCCCUUCGUCACUCGUGAGGAUGUCGAAUUCUUCACUGCGCUAGAGCAGCAAAUGCGCACGGAGGACCCCCCACUUGCUGGAAGAGAUCACCUCAUGUACCGCUCAUACUAUGUGCCAGUAAAGGGAGUCAUCGAUGGCGACUUGCUCGAACGCUUCAUGGGUCUAAGUUAUGACACCAAGCAGAAGAUCGCUGCAGAAGUCGACCGAAGCGUCAAAGAGAUUGAGAAGAAGGUGCAAGAGAUGAGGACCAGAGUAGCAUACUAAGCUCACCAGAACAACGCAUGGGAAGGAACACCGGCGUUUCUUCACUUUUGUAAAUUAGGAAAAGUUCGGAGCGGCUACUGACGAUGUGAAAUGAUACCCAGAUCGAGACUGAUGG